CCCUCCUCCCCCACCCAAGUUGCAGGAUGUCGAUGACAGACUUGCUCAGCGCUGAGGACAUCAAGAAGGCAGUGGGGGCCUUUACCGCUGUCGACUCCUUCGACCACAAAAAGUUCUUCCAAAUGGUCGGCCUGAAGAAGAAGAGCCCGGAUGAUGUAAAGAAGGUGUUCCACAUCCUGGAUAAAGACAAGAGCGGCUUCAUUGAGGAGGAUGAGCUGGGAUUCAUCCUGAAGGGCUUCUCCCCAGAUGCCAGAGACCUGUCUGCGAAAGAAACCAAGACACUGAUGGCCGCUGGAGACAAAGAUGGAGACGGCAAGAUUGGGGUCGAUGAAUUCUCCUCUCUGGUGGCCGAAAGCUAAGAGGCUGUGACUGCCCCUGGUCUUCCACCCCUCUGCCCCAAACACCCAAUGUCAGCCCCUCUUGCUGCCCUCCUGCAUUUCUGUUCGGUGUGUUUAUGUUAUUUUUUACUCUUCCCAUCCCCUGUGGCCCUCAAAUGACAUCAUUCUUCUGAAAAAAAUGCUGGUGAAACAAUAAAGGCUGAACCAAUCGGA